CGGAUAUAUUCAAUCCAUUGGAAAAACGGAGCUCUCAAUUCACUGGCACUGCAGUCGCCGGUGAACACCGCCGAAUCCGACACACCCGGCCCGCCUCCAGUUUCCACCACCAUCGCCGGACUCAGCUCUUCAGCUACCGCCACUGAUCGCGCUUCAGGAUAUGGCACACGUAGAACCUGAGAAUGCAGACAUGAAUCUGUAUCAAGUAAAUAGUUUUGUGAGGAGACCUCAUAUCCUGCUUGCUGCCAGUGGAAGUGUCGCUUCAAUAAAGUUUGCUAAUCUUUGUCAUUGUUUCUCCGAGUGGGCGGAGGUGAAAGCUGUUGCUACCCAGGCGUCUCUCCAUUUCGUAGACAGGGUAGCUCUUCCCAAAGAUGUAGAUCUUUACACUGAUGAGGAUGAAUGGUCGAGUUGGAAAAAGAUAGGUGAUAAUGUGCUCCAUAUUGAGUUGCGUAAGUGGGCUGAUAUCAUGGUCAUCGCACCUUUGUCUGCCAAUACACUUGCCAAGAUUGCCGGAGGUUUAUGUGACAACUUGUUGACCUGCAUUGUCCGGGCAUGGGACUACAAUAAGCCAAUGUUCGUAGCGCCAGCCAUGAACACCCUCAUGUGGGACAACCCUUUCACUGAACGCCAUCUCAUGGCGAUAGACGAUCUUGGUAUCUCACUUAUCCCCCCAGUGAAGAAGAGGCUGGCCUGUGGAGACUAUGGCAAUGGCGCAAUGGCUGAGCCUUCCCUAAUAUACUCCAAUGUAAGACUUUUCUAUGAGUCUCGAGAACAAUCCAGUGGUUGCAAUGUUUAGUCUGAUAUAUCGCAUCCAUUUCAAUGUGGAAAUACUGUCUCGAGUUUAUUAGGUGAUGAACAAUCUCUUACUUGUGGUGCGGUUUAUCAAAACUGUAAUCUGUUAAUUAGGAAUUUAGUGUGUGCCAUUCGAAAUCGUGUGCUUAUGUUGUUAGAAUGUUCUCUACUUGCCACAGUUAUUCGAGAGAUUUAGAUUCAUAUUGUCAAAAGGCAUAGGCCAUAGAUUGAUUUUA